AGGCUCCCACAGGCAAGAGCACAUCCUACUGGAGCUGAGGAAGAAAACAAUCUGUCCAUACCCACUGCCUGGAGAAUGAUCUGUUGCCAGAAGCUGGAUGACUUCAGGUCUAGCCAAAUGCCAAGCUAUGCUAAGGGAAGUUGUGGUUCUUGUCCUGGAGAAUUGCAGAAUGGACGCAGAGAUCCAUUACUGCGCGCGGCGGGGGAGAGGACGCCGCCGGGAGCUGGUGCGUGCCACACUGCAGCCUCGCAGGCUGCCGGAGACUUCAUCCAGCCCCGGGUCGGCUCUGGGCGGGCAGGGGGAGGAUCCACACCGCGGAGCUGUGGCCCCGCUGCUCCCAGCCGCGCUUUCCGGGCGCGCCCGCUCAGGACUCAUUCCCGCCCAUUCCUUACCUCGAUGGAAUCCUUAGCCCUUAGAGAGAGGGCUAAAAAACAAACAAACAACAGACAAACAAACAAACAAAAAACAAAUUCCAGACGGCCCCGGGACCCUCCCGCAGAUGCAGGGCGCACACUGGCCAGUUCUAACCAUAGACUUGACUGCAUGUUGACAAGGGUUUCCAACCUAGCUUUCCCGAGGUACUGCAUGACUCAGUCCUUGCUCAGAUGGUGGUUGCUGUAAAUAGUUGCAAUUUCCCUCCUUCCGUCUCAAAGCACGGAUGGGAAUGGAUUGGCAGCAGGGACUAUGCAUUAUAUUUAAGGUCUUGGUGAGAUGGACGCGGGCUCCAUCAGCUCCAGACUUCCUGGGACAUCUCGGCAUUUCCAGGUCCGUUUGCCCCAAUGGUGGAAGUCACCUCUCAUAUUUGAUGAAAUAAAUGUCCACGUUUGUGAUAACCUUGUUAAAUUGUUUUCAGUUUUUGAAAGAUGCUGCAGAAAAAGAGGCAAAACCUG